AUGGUGACCGCCGUUGACGACGACUACGUUGGAUUGAGAACGCACCGGCAUUUUGCUUUCGCGCAAGGACGGAUUUUCAGCAGCAGCGAGCGAGUUACACGAGAAGUCAUGGAUCGUCUCUGGCACGACCGCACGGGAUGGGCCUCCUCAGACCCGGCGACAGCCAUGCAGCACUCCCCUCAUGCCGCCUUUCUGUGCGCUGCUGCUCCCCUAUCUCUCUCCCGCCUCUCCCCGUUCGCGCAUCUGUCGCAGGACAGUGUCGCGCAAGUCGGUGCCGUCGCAUGCUUGGAUGACGGCGAGCAGGCGCCGCCUGGCAAGGCGGCGAUAUCGGCGGCCCGCGAUGGGCCUGGCGCGCCUGCUGUCGCCACGAAUAACGGGGCGGAGGCUCCACCUCGCGCGCUGUUCCAUCCGAUCAAGGUAGACGACAUGCACGCGGAGAUGGACCGCCUGCGACUCGAGCUGUGGGCGGCGCGCAUAGAGUGCAGCGAGUUGAGGGCUCAACUAGAGGCGCGGUCGGAGCGCGCGCUGGAGGAGGAGCGCCUGGCCGGCGCGAGGAGCGCGCGGGAAGAGGCGCAGCGGCAGGUGGAGGAGGCGAGAGGCGAGGCGGCGGCGGCGAGGCGCGAGGCGGAGCGCGCGAGGCGGUACCACGAGGAGGAGGUGGCCGUGCUGCUCGGCGCGCACCGCGACAAGGAGGCGCUCUGGCAGCGCAAGGGAGAGCACCGCAGGGCCCGCGUGCAAGCAGUGGCGUCAUGCAUGCGUGUCGCGCACUCCCUCCUAGCGCAUCCGCGCACGCUGUGCCUCUUCCCCCCUUGCCUCUUCACAUGCGCCUCACCGUCCCUCGCUGCCUCGUUCGUUAUUUCUCUUGCCCUAUGUGCGCCCAUCCCCCUGACUAAAGCGUCGAUCCCCCUUGCCUGUGUGCGCCCGUCCCCUUGUCCGUCUGUGAGGUGGAGUUGGAGCACGAGCUGCGCCACCUGCGCCACCGACUGGCCGACGCACGCAACGGUCAGCGCCUUCACCCUCACCUGCGCCAUGCCUUGCCUUCUCACCCGCCCACCACGCGCUAACCCCCCGUGCCCUCACGCUGCCACCACGCACCUGCCCUCCUUGACUGCUCAUCCCUCCCACGCCCGUUCUUCCCCCCUCCCCGCCCCCUCGCGCAUCAUACCUGCAGCGCUGUGUGUGGCGGAGGCGUGUGCGCAGGGCGCGCGGGAGGAGGGCAGCAGCGCCGUGGCUGUGCUGCGCGGGCAGCUGGCGGGGGCGCUGCGGGCGGCGGCGGAGCGGGAGAGGGAGCAGGAGGAGGCGAUGCAGCGCGUGGACGGCGAGCUGGCGCGGCUGCAGGGGCAGGCGGACGCCGCCGCGCAGCGCGAGGAGCUGGCGGCGGCGCUGAUCGACCGCCUGCCCGCCGACAACGAGGCGCUCAGGGCCGCGCUGCUCGCCGCUCAGGAGGGCGCGCAUGGCAGCACGGCGGCGCGCAGGGGGCGCGUGGAGCAGGAAUGCAGCAGAUUGCAGGCAGCAAAGGAAGAGGGUGGAGUUGUUGGUGAAGGGAAGUCAGUGCAGCGGGUUCCAGGAGGAGUGGUGCGGCGAGACAUGCUUCAACCCAAGGAAUCUCAAGCCCCGCAUCCUGAUGGCGCUCGUGACUGCGGUGGUGGCGGUGGUGGUGCUGCAGAGGAUGCAGAGGAAGCAAGGUGUGCGCGUGACGAGCGGGGUGGAGCCAGUGGGGUGCGCGGUGGGCAGGCUGCAGCUGGUGCACGGGGGUCAAGGGGAGCAGGGGGCGCAGAGAUGCAGGCGGGCAGCAGGGAAUGGGGGGAGGGGGGUGCGCAUGGUGGUGCAUUUGAAGGGAGAGCGUGGCCGAGUGCGGUGGGCGGGGAAGAGCCUGAAGGCCCACCGGAGCAGUGGCAUGAGAGCGGGGGCAGUGAGCAGCGUGCUGCAGACGCUGGCAGCGCUUGCGCCGUGGAGGAGCGGCGUGGCGGCGAGUACGAGUCAGCGUUCACGCUGCCGGUGCCCCGGCAGGGCGCGUGGAGCCGCGCCAAGCAGGCGGUGGCGCAGUACUAUGGUGGGGGCGCAGGCGAGGAGGGCGAGCAGGAGCAGCGCGAGAGGGAGCUGGAGGAGGUGCUGGAGGAGAACGGGCGGCUGGAGGAGCAGCUGCGGGCGCUGCAGGCGCAGGUGGGCAAGGCACAGCGCGUGGUGGCAUGGCAGGGGCGGCUGCGGCAGCGCGUGCUGCAGCUGCGCGUGUGUCUGGAGCUGACGAGCAAGGUGGUGGACGUCAAGGACCGCGCCCUCGAACUCGCCGUGCACCGCGCCCGCGCCGCUGAGGCCCGCUGCACCCACCUCGACCGCCGCCUGCACCUCCUGCUGCCCGCCGCGAGCUCUGCUGCCCCCGCUGCCCUGGGCGAGCACGGCAGCUCCCAAGCUGCCACGGGGGCAGAUGGCUGUGGGGACAUUGCAGGGACUGGGCUGCAGAGAAGGUGUGCAGUGGCGGAGAUUGAGGCUGAGGGCGAGGAUGCGGCAGGGGUGCAGCAUGGAGGAGAGGCAGGUGCAGCGUCAAGGCAUGAGGAGGGGGGCGCCCAGGAGGAGGGCAGCCCGGAAGGCGCUGAGGAGGGGGCGGGCGCAGUGGAGGCGGGUGGUGAGCAGGGCGUGGUGGCGACGGUGUCCACUGGCAGCUCAGCGCGGGCCGGCAUGCGUCGCAGGAGCAGGAGCAGGGGCCGCGUGCAAGGCGGCAGUGAGGCCAGUGGAGAGGAAGAGGAGUGGCCAGCGGUGGGGCUGAAGGAGCUGCAGGCGAGGCGGGACGUGCUGCUGAUUGCCAUGCACGGGCUGAGGGAGCGUGCAGCACUGGCUGCGGAGAUGGGGCUGCGAGCGGCAGCGGUGAUGGGGCGGCAGGGCAAGGACAAGCGUGCAGAGGUGAGCGAGAUGCUGGCAGCCAUGGAGGGCGAGGCUGACGAGGCGCGUGUGCUGAUUGAACGCACAGAGAGGAUGGUGGCCCGCAUGGCCGCACUGGAGCGAAGGGGAAAGGUCCUGGAACGCAAGAUGGAGAGCAAGCGGGUCAAACUAGUCCAUUUGGAGAAUAAGUUUCACCUGGCUCCCAAGCCAGUUGCGUGCGACUACACGGUGGGGCGGUGGGUGUACGACGCGCGGCGGCGGUCGUACAGCAGCAAGUGCGCGUGGAUCCGCUCGGCCUUCAACUGCGAGCGGAACGGGCGGCGCGACACGGGGUACACCAAGUACACGUGGAAGCCCAGCGCGUGCACCGUCCGACGCUUCGACCGCGCCUACUUCAAAGCCCUGCUCCGCAACAAGGUGGUGGCGUUCGUGGGCGACUCGUUUUCGCGCAACCUGCAGCAGGCCAUCGCGUGCGAGCUGGGCGUGGACGACCACGUGGAGCCGUGGUCGGGGUGGCUGGGCGGCACGCUCGUGUCGGGGCUGGCCGUGCCGCGCUACAACCUGAAGCUCGUGGCCGUGGUGGCGCCGUACCUGGUGCGCUACAGCAACCAGGACUGGGCGUUCAAGCAGUACGGGCUGCGGCCGGGCGACGGCAGCCGCUACGUGGUGUGGCUGGACCACAUGGACGAGCAGUGGGCGGCCGUGCUGCAGCACGUGGACCUGGCUGUGUUCAUGUCGGGCCACUGGUUCCUGGACAAGCAGGGCGCCGAGGCCGUGCGCUCCACCGUGUAUGUGGCCAACAACAGGGUGGUGCGCUUGAGCGGCAUGAGCGCGUACCGCGCCGCCAUCCGCAGUGUGAAGCGGUUCGUGGCCGUGGAGCAGAGGUACCGUGGCGUGCCCAUGUGGCUCACCUACUCCCCCUCCCACUACUCGAGAGGUAACCCCCCCACGUGCCGCCACACCACACCCAUAUCUACGAAGAGAGUUCAAGCCAUGGUGGCCCGUGACAUCUCCACAGCCUUCAGACAGCUGGAGGUGAGGGAGCUGAAAAAGUCGCCGUUUCGAAUAAUCGACAUCACCCGCAUUUCCCUCUUCUGCCCAGAUGCGCAUGUGAAGCGUUUCUAUGGAGCCAAGACAAACAGCAAAACAAAGUGGGACUGCACCCACUGGUGUUUACCUGGACUUCCAGACGUCUGGGCCGACAUAUUCCAGUUUGUUCUCAAAACGCAAUUGAGACGACACAAGAAGUAA